AUGCCGUGGACUGCAUUGAACUAUGUUCGCCUAGAAACCGCCCAUAACCCGAAAGAGAACUCCCCUGGAACAUCCCAGAACCCCAAGAGCAUCAAAAAGAAUCAAGACGACUCGCAGAAAACAAAUCCGAGACCCACUUCCUUACUCCUCCCUAUGUUCCUCAACAUAUCAAAAGCAAAUGCUCCUUCAGGAACGGCGUCGUAG